CUUCUCCAGAAACCAACAAAGAGAAACACAGAAGCCUCGUCAACGGGCAAGGCCGGCAUUCAAUUCGUCUUAAUCAAUGCACUACCCUCUCCAUUCUUCUGCGUCAUUUGCCUUCACCUCAUUCAUUACACGUCCUCCCAAAUCUGCUUUGCUUUCAAAUUUUGGAUUGUCUUGGCUUGCCGUUUUCUGAUUUUUAGGUCAAUCGCCUUGCGUACGUUUUCCUACUUUUUUGGAAUCCAGCUGUAGCUGCAGCAGAAUCGGUGAUUCUCAUGACGGGUGACGUUGAGAUGUGCACGUCGAGGCCGAUGGUUGUGCGGUUUCUUUUGAAGAAUUUGCACUUUUAAACCUCUUUUUCAUUUUUUUUGUUUGAAUGGUCUUUGCGAUGGCAGUGCUGCUCGUUGGAAUCGCUUCUUCUUUGCCUGAGUCGUGUUUAGUUCAAGCCUAGGUUUUCUGAUUCUGCUUUGUUCCAAUUUUUAGCGUGGGCGCGAUUUCUGCUUUUGAUUUUGUUUUUGUUUUUGUUUUUUUUUUCCUGCCAUUUUUGAAGAAAAUUAGUGUGUCGGAUGUUUCAACACCAGCUUUUUCGAGUCUGUGAUUGAUCACUAGUCGGUUUUCCCGAAGUAAGACUUUGUCGCACGAUUGUUGUAGGAAUAUGUUGUUAUGAUGUAUUGUAUGAGCUUCAAGAAGAGCUUUUAGUUAGGAAUAUAUGUAAGGAAAGAAUGCCAAGCAUUAGAGCUCCAGCUGCUAAAAAGACCACCACUCUCACGGUGGCUGUUAAAUGCAAGCCGCUAACUGGGAGGGAACGUGGUCGUGAUAUAGUUAGAGUGCACAAUGAAAAGGAAGUGCUUAUUUUGGAUCCUGACCUUUCGAAGGACUACCUUGAUAGGAGACAGAAUCGAACCAAGGAGAGGAGAUACACUUUCGAUUAUGCAUUUGCUCCUGAUUCUUCGAAUUUGGAUGUUUAUGAGAGAAGUAUCUGUUCAACGAUUACUGGGGUCGUCCAAGGCCUCAAUGCCACUGUAUUUGCUUAUGGUUCUACUGGAAGUGGCAAAACAUACACCAUGGUUGGAACUCGAGAUGAUCCCGGACUUAUGGUUCUCAGUCUUAAUACCAUAUUUGAUCUGAUAGAGAAGGACACCACUUCCGAUGAUUUUGAAGUUUCAUGUUCGUACCUUGAAGUGUACAACGAGGUAAUAUACGACUUACUUGAAAAAUCAUCGGGCCAUUUAGAACUUAGGGAGGAUCCAGAACAGGGGAUAAUUGUUGCUGGACUAAGAAGUAUUAAGGUGAAUUCAGCUAAUAAGAUUCUCGAACUCUUGAAUUUGGGGAAUAGUAGACGAAAGACUGAAAGCACAGAGGUUAACGAAACUUCCUCACGAUCACAUGCGGUUCUAGAGAUAAAUGUGUUGCGAAAACAGCAAAAGAAGUAUCCCAACCAGGUUAUCAGAGGAAAACUUGCAAUGGUGGAUCUUGCUGGCAGUGAACGAGCAUCUGAGACAAACAGCAUGGGCCAAAAGCUGAGAGAUGGUGCCAAUAUUAAUCGAUCCCUUCUUGCUCUAGCAAAUUGCAUAAAUGCUUUGGGAAAGCAGCAUAAGAAGGGUCUAGCUUAUGUCCCAUACCGCAAUAGCAAGUUGACGCGGAUACUUAAAGACGGUCUGAGCGGUAAUUCUCAAACCAUAAUGAUUGCCACCAUCUCGCCGGCUGAUAAUCAGUAUCACCACACAGUCAAUACUUUGAAGUAUGCUGAUCGCGCAAAGGAAAUCAAGACACAUAUUCAGAAAAAUAUAGGCACGGUAAAUGCUCAUGUAUCGGACUACCAGAAAAUGAUCGACAAUCUUCAGCAUGAGGUUAGCCAAUUAAGAAAGCAAUUAGCUGAAAAAGAGUCCCAGCUUAACGCGAAACCUGCUGAAAUAGUAGUCGAGGAUGAAAUCUCUCGGUUGAACGCAUUGAGCCAAGAAACAAGUGAAAACGUCCAGGAAAGGAUCAAUCUACAAAAGGCCAUAAUUGAGCUUGAAGAAACUAACCUUCGUAACAGAAAGGAACUCCAACACCUUGAUGAUGCUAUUGCAAAACAUCAGGUUUCUGAAAACGACGGAGCUGUCUUGCAGGCUUUGCAAGCAAGGCGUCAAGUGAUUCUUGAUAACAUUCGCGACAAUGAUGAACUCGGUGUCACUUAUAAAAAGGAAAUCGAAACAAAUGAGAAUCGAAGGUACCAACUGCAAGAUAUGAUCGAUGAAGCCAUUAGAAACAACGGAAAUAAAACCUAUUUGGGUAUUCUCAGCCAAUACAAACUGCUGGGAAUCAGCAACACCGAACUUCAGUUCGAAAUGGCGAUAAGAGAUCAAAUUAUUUGCAACCAAAGAGAAGCACAGCGAAAGCUAUGGAACCUCAUAAUGAGCUCAGGACUUGACGAGAAGCAAAUAGUCGAGCUUGGGGCAAAGCAAGGAAUAGCAGUCGAAGACAUUCAGAUGACAACACAGCUAGGUUUCUCGACCCCGACUCAUUUCCCAAAUCUCAAACAUGAAAUCUGUACUCCAUCCUAUGGAUCGCCAUUCAGCGCCCAACCAACUUUCCACUUCCCCCAAAACCCGGAAUUCAAUCCAAGUUCACUUCCCGGCGCAAUCCUCCAAGAGGAGCACCACAGCUCAUACCACUACAUCUCUCAUGGAUCCAAUCCGCCAUGGCAAAGCAGCCAACCAAGUUCUUAUUUUCCUCGACAACACGGCUUGCGCAGUUCAUUCCCACCCACCGGAGCUGGCGAUACAACUCCAUCAUUCAUUCCCAGCUUCAGACAUCAACAGGAUGCGUGGUCAGCUGGUACUAGGCAUGAAUUACACGUGAAUUCGUUCGUAGGAACAAGUGGCACUUGGGAUCGAUACGACGGCAUGGUUGCACGCAGGGGACGUAUUUUUCGACCUCAACUACCCAUGGAACAAAGCUCUGGUAAGCCUCACUCUCAUAACACCUUUUCCAAAUUUCAGUGAAAGGGAAUGUAGUUUCCUUUGUUUUUUGCAUUCUUGAAAUGUACAUAUACAUAUAGACAUACAUACGUACGUGCAUUAUUAGGUCAUAUAGGCUGCGGAAAUAUUACAAAUUUGGUGGCAUGUUUUUGUAGCCCGAUUCAUUUUGUCACUACAGAUUAUUGUCUUUCUGAAGAAAGUGUUAAGUUGGUUAGAGGAAUAGUUUAUGUACAAUACAAUUUCCUUUUAUACAAAUUAGGCUAUAGUUUUUAUAA